CUUGUCGGGUUGUAUAAUGACAAAAUUUGUCAUGGGCUGUAUGAGAUUGAAUUAAAAAUUAUAGAUUUGGCCUUCGAUUUCAAGGGCUCAAACUAGUUUAAUGUAUUUCGUAGUUUACUUAAAAGUCAAUUCGGUUUACCGUAAUCAUUAACAACACUAUAAUAUUUCAACAACCUUGAAAUUGUAUAAUCCAAUAAUAAUUAAAUAAAGAUUGUGAAUGCUGAUGUUUGAUACUAUAAUAAUGAAUCACUACCUAGGUACUACAACUGUUGUAUCCGAAUACAAUAAUCAUGUAAAUGAAUAGGAAAAAUUGAAGAACUGUAAUUUUUGGCGUUUCGAGUAAAAUAAAACACUAUGGCGUUAGUAGAGGGUUUUGGUGAUGAAGUUAUUCAGUUUUUUGGUAUACUAUUCGUUAUUGUACUAAUCGUAUUGCUAUGGAUGUCUACACAAGUGGCCGAAAUGCAAAUAUUCCGUGGUGCUGUUUUCAUUUUGGAAAGGCGUACAAGAAGACGACACCAUGAUGCUACAAGGGUUGCACCUUCAGUUCCUAAUCAAUCUAUUAGCGAACAAUCAGCUACAGAAACCGUUCCAUUAAAUGAUGUGAUUCAAACAAAUUCAACUUUAAGUAAUGAUAAUCCUGAAGAUAAAAAUGAUAAUCCUGUUGCUACAAAAAGUGAUGUGACUGAACAGUUCGAUGAAUCUAGUCAAAGCAAUGAUACCAAUGAUAUUGAAAAUGAACCACAGAUAUAUGAAGACUCUAUAAGAAUACGACUGAAGUAUUUAAAUGACAAUUGUCGUUUAGUUCAAGGCAGGCUACAAGAAACUAUUGGAGUUUUCAAAAGGAGACAUUUUACCAAUGAGUUGACAUCCAAUAAAAUUAUUCGUUUGAUAUUUCAAGGAAAGGUAUUACAUGAUGAUGAAGCUUCACUGAGUAGUUGUGGUCUUCAUGAUAACUGUGUUGUACACUGCCUUAUACAUCAGCCACGUCCUACAACUAAUGCUCAGCAAACCCCUGAUCCUGUAAACCAAGAUACUGCUGAGCAACGACUGCCAAACACGAUACGUCAUGGUCAGCGUCAACCUGGUGGUCCAGUUCAACGUGAAUGGAACUUGGCAACAUUGUUAUCUGCUUUAAUCACAAUAAUAAUAUCAUUACUUUGGUAUGCCAGAAUCCAGUUCUACACAUUGUUCUCUUAUACAUCGACGGGUACACUGGGAAUAUUGACUGCAAUUUUUUUAUUCACUGCCUUUCUCACUUAUUUGGUGGACAGCGAAGAGCAACAACAUCAUUUACCACAAUUAAGACACAAUUAGUGUUAUAUUUCAUUACAUCAAAUCAAAGUAAGCACAAAAGCAAAAUGUUUUAAAAUGUAUGUAAUAAGAAUUGUAUAACUACAUGGUUUCUAAUUUAUACAGCAAAUAUUUUAUUUUUAUUUGUUUUACCAGGACCCUAAAUAUUAUUUUUAAAUAAUUGAACUAUUCCUCUAUAAAAACUAGUUGAAUUUUUUAUA